ACUUUCUCGCCGUCGUCACAGUAAACUGACGGUUUUGUUUUGCCGCAGGCCGAACGGCGUGGACGACCUGCUGAAGCUGGCCAAACAGUUUGACUUCAACAUGUUUCGUCAGGAUGAAGAAGAGGUGGAGGAGCUGCACCAGCAGAGUCUCGAGCUCCUGUCGGAGGACAUAUUGGACAUCUCGUCUUGUGGAGACAGUCACCCAGCUCUGAAGGCGACGGCGGCGGCGGCGGCUGCUGGGAGCGACGUGAAGCUCCACCAGGAUCAAUAUUUGGAGGACGAUUUGGAUUUCCUGUUUGACGGACCGACGCAGCAUGUGAGCGGGAGUCUCAGUCAGGUGUCCACAGCUCAGCCGUCACGAGUGAAACCUGCUUCCAAAGACGCUCCUGGGAAACCGUGUGCUCCCUCGCACGGUUGCACGUCUGGUGUCUCCACGCCAAAAGACGAGUUUGAGGACGACUGGGAAAACGAUGACUUGUUGAACGACUCUUUAGUGUUGGAGAUGACACAAAAUCCGCAGAACUUUAUCGCUCCAAAGCACUGCUCAACCCAGAAACCACCCAGCCAAGUCAAAUACCAACAUCCUGCAAAUGUCCGAUCCGGUGUUUCGAAAGUGGAAAAGGACAACGUGAGGCGAACUUUCAAACUGGAGUCUAAUCCUAAUUUGUCUGUCAAAGGGAUCCAGACGGACACAUGGACUAAACCGAAGGAUUACGGCUCAAAAUCUGCAGAAAAAGACACUCAGCAGAUCAAGUUCUCGUCCCGUACUGGUGUUUUAGUCCAGGUGGGACAUCAGCAAAAUAAAACUGUGACGUCGGAGCCACAAAAACAUCAGUUUCAUCAAAACAAUUCUGUCGCCAAACACAACACGACCACUUCGAACUCUUCUGCUCAAAGCUUUCCGACGGUGGUUUCUUCCCACAGAGAGACGCCUGCUGUCUCCGACCUCCUGGACGAAGACCUGUCCUCGUUCUUCUUGUCCGACCCGGUUUGGGACGACCCCGCUGACGACGACCUUCUGUGUGAAAUGUGCGACGACCUGGAAAACCAGAUCCAGAGCGCCGUGAACGUUCCCGCCAAACAGACAAACCAGAGAGCGGCUCUGCAGCCGUCCAACGGACACCAACAACAGACGGCCAAUCAGGAAGCUUUCCUCCCGAAAAAACACACUCAAACGCCCUGCGCUCCAGGUAGACCAGCUGGCGGUUUAAUCUCGAGCGUCCCCGCAGGUGUACGGGGGACGGAUUCUUUCACAUACGCACAAGUGAAAAACACUUCAGGAUCCACGAACAGUUGGACGUGUGCACAGGGGAGCAGCCGGGUCCAGACGUCUCCGCAGACUAAACCCCACAAAGGCCAGUUCACCUUCAAGAAGCCAAACAACCCAGUUUCUACGGCGACCGCCAAAGUUGUGGGUAAAUGUUCGGCAGCAGAGAUCGAGCUGAAGAAGCAGCAGGCGAUGGAGAGAAGACGACAGCGACUGCAGGCCGCACAAAACCUCCGAGCUCCGACCUGACGGAGACAAAAACCGUCAAACCUGUCUCGCCUCACCUGCACGAGGAGGAAACCUGCCGUUCAGCUCUGCUGUCUGUGAGCACAUUUCUGAUUCCUCUCUCAGAUGUGACACUUUGUGGCAUAAAAACACACUCGUCUGCAGCACCGGGUAAACGACAACCGUGACAUAACACGUCAUAACCUGUCAUAAC